GGGACAGCGCGGGAGCGCGCCCGCCGCGGCUCUUCUCGCCGGGCUGCCGAGCGGGCAGCAGCAGCAGCAGCAGCAGGAGAGGAGGAGAACAGCAGAGAAAGAGCGCGGGUACCCUCUUGACCCUCUUCUCCCCGGGCGGAGGGGCCGCACCUUCCCGCAAAGCAGUGACAUAAAGACCUGUCAUACAGGGGAUAAGAAAGAAGGAAAAGAAAAAGGAUAGACCAUCUUGCUCAGAAGUUAUUUGUACAAAGGAUCAAUAUUUCAAGAUGCACGAAGCAGAAGGGUCUGACUGACAAGCUGCCUUGAUACACUGUUAUUCUAACUAUGACUGGAUUGACUGAAAGUUGCCUCAAAGAGUUUCUUGUCUAUAUUGACAUAACUAUUGCAAGCUACCUAGUCUGAUGAAGUUGAACUUCAUUCUUCAAGUGUGAUUUACUCAGUACAGCCUAAAAUCAUGAUGAAAAAGAAGAGCAUACCUGCAAGUAAACCUCUCUUGAUCCUCUUUCUGUGCCAAAUUAUUUCUGCAUUGGACGUACCUCUUGACUCAAAACUUCUAGAAGAAUUGUCACAACCUCCUACGAUAACUCAUCAGUCUCCAAAAGAUUACAUUGUUGACCCUCGAGAGAAUAUUGUAAUACAGUGUGAAGCCAAAGGAAAGCCACCUCCUAGCUUCUCCUGGACACGCAAUGGAACUCAUUUUGAUAUAGAUAAAGAUGCACAGGUAACAAUGAAACCAAAUUCAGGGACCCUUGUCAUAAAUAUUAUGAAUGGUGGGAAGGCAGAAGCAUAUGAAGGAGUAUACCAGUGUACAGCAAGGAAUGAACGAGGAGCAGCCAUUUCCAACAAUAUUGUUAUAAGGCCUUCUAGAUCGCCUUUGUGGACCAAAGAAAAACUAGAACCACAUCAGGUUCGCGAAGGUGAUUCACUCGUACUGCACUGCAGACCUCCUGUUGGCUUACCACCACCUAUAAUAUUUUGGAUGGAUAAUGCUUUCCAAAGGCUGCCUCAAAGUGAAAGAGUUUCCCAAGGUCUAAAUGGAGAUCUUUAUUUUUCUAAUGUACAACCAGAAGACACCCGGGAGGACUAUAUCUGCUAUGCAAGAUUUAAUCAUACACAAACUAUACAGCAGAAACAACCCAUUUCUGUAAAAGUCUUUUCAAUGGAUUCAUUGAAUGACACUAUAGCUGCUAAUUUGAGUGACACUGAUAUUUAUGGUGCGAAGCCAGUUACAGAGAGGCAGCCAGUUCUUCUAACACCUACAGGUAGCACGAGUACCAAAGUGGAACUCAGAGGAAAUGUGCUUUUGUUGGAGUGCAUUGCAGCAGGAUUACCCACACCGGUAAUCCGCUGGAUUAAAGAGGGUGGGGAACUGCCAGCCAACAGAACAUUUUUUGAAAAUUUUAAGAAAACUCUCAAGAUUAUAGAUGUUUCUGAAGCUGACUCUGGGAACUACAAGUGUAUAGCAAGAAAUACACUGGGUUCAGUUCAUCAUGUAAUUUCAGUAACCGUGAAAGCUGCCCCAUACUGGAUAACAGCACCCAGAAACUUGGUCUUGUCUCCUGGAGAAGAUGGGACAUUGAUCUGCAGAGCUAAUGGCAACCCAAAGCCUAGUAUAAGCUGGUUAGCAAAUGGCGUUCCCAUAGCAAUUGCCCCGGAAGAUCCUAGCAGAAAGGUAGAUGGUGACACCAUUAUUUUCUCCCACGUGCAAGAAAGAUCCAGUGCUGUCUAUCAGUGCAAUGCUUCUAAUGAAUAUGGAUACUUGCUAGCAAAUGCAUUUGUGAAUGUUCUGGCUGAGCCACCGAGAAUUCUAACUCCUGCUAAUAAACUGUAUCAAGUCAUCGCAGAUAGUCCUGCAUUGCUAGACUGUGCUUAUUUUGGGUCACCUAAGCCUGAAAUUGAGUGGUUUAAGGGAGUGAAAGGUAGCAUCUUGCGUGGAAAUGAAUACGUUUUCCAUGAUAACGGAACCUUGGAAAUUCCGGUGGCUCAGAAAGAUAGUACUGGUACAUACACAUGUGUAGCAAGGAAUGAAUUAGGAAAGAUACAAAAUGAGGUGCACUUGGAAAUUAAAGAUCCAACAAUGAUAAUUAAACAGCCAGAAUACAAAGUGGUUCAGAGAUAUGGCCAAGUUUCAUUUGAGUGUAUAAUAAAACAUGAUUCUACCUUACUACCAACAGUUAUAUGGUUGAAGGACAAUGAUGAACUUCCAGAUGAUGAAAGGUUUCUAGUUGGUAAAGACAACUUGACCAUUAUGAAUGUAACUGAUAAAGAUGAUGGAACAUACACUUGCAUAGUUAAUACUACUCUGGACAGUGUUUCAGCAAGUGCUGUGCUUACUGUUGUUGCUGCUCCCCCAACUCCAGCUAUCAUUUACGCUCGGCCAAAUCCACCCUUUGACUUGGAAUUGACAGGUCAGCUAGAAAGAAGCAUUGAACUUUCAUGGAUACCAGGAGAUGAAAACAACAGUCCCAUUACACACUUUGUAAUUGAGUAUGAAGAUGGGCUGCAUGAACCAGGAGUAUGGCAUUACCAGACGGAAGUUCCUGGAACUCAGACAACAGUACAGUUGAAGUUGUCUCCGUACGUCAACUACUCAUUCCGUGUGGUAGCUGUCAAUAAGAUUGGCAGAAGUCAGCCCAGUGAACCAUCUGAGCAGUACCUGACAAAAUCUGCAAGCCCUGAUGAAAAUCCUGCUAAUGUGCAAGGGAUAGGCUCAGAACCCGAUAAUUUGGUAAUAACAUGGGAGUCUUUAAAAGGUUUUCAGUCCAAUGGACCAGGACUUCAGUACAAAGUCAGUUGGCGCCAGAAGGAUGUUGAUGAUGAAUGGACAUCUGUUAUAGUUGCAAAUGUAUCUAAAUAUAUUGUGUCUGGUACACCAACUUUUGUUCCCUAUGAAAUAAAAGUACAAGCUUUAAAUGACCUGGGAUAUGCACCAGAGCCAUCAGAGGUGAUUGGACAUUCAGGGGAAGACUUGCCGAUGGUUGCUCCAGGCAAUGUGCAGGUUCAUGUUAUUAACAGCACAUUAGCAAAGGUGCAUUGGGACCCAGUUCCACUAAAAACUGUCCGAGGACACCUCCAAGGGUACAAAGUUUACUACUGGAAAGUGCAGAGUCUAUCCAGAAGGAGUAGGCGGCAUGUAGAAAAAAAGAUCUUGACUUUCAGGGGAAACAAGACUUUUGGAAUGUUACCAGGGCUGGAGCCCUAUAGUUCUUACAAGCUGAAUGUUAGAGUUGUUAAUGGUAAAGGAGAAGGACCAGCAAGCCCAGACAAAGUAUUUAAGACCCCUGAAGGAGUUCCUAGCUCACCCUCCUAUUUGAAGAUUACUAACCCAACAUUGGACUCUCUGACUCUGGAGUGGGGUUCACCUACCCAUCCAAAUGGUGUUUUGACAUCAUAUAUACUGAAGUUUCAGCCAAUCAACAACACACAUGAAUUGGGUCCCUUGGUAGAGAUAAGAAUUCCUGCCAACGAGAGCAGCUUGAUAUUAAAAAAUUUAAAUUACAGCACACGGUACAAGUUUUACUUUAACGCACAAACUUCAGUUGGAUCAGGAAGUCAGAUAACUGAGGAAGCAGUAACAAUUAUGGAUGAAGCUGGUAUUCUCCAUCCUGCUGUAGUUGCAGGCAAAGUUCAACCACUUUAUCCAAGGAUCAGAAAUGUUACAACAGCUGCUGCUGAGACCUAUGCCAAUAUCAGUUGGGAGUAUGAGGGACCAGAUCAUGCGAACUUUUAUGUUGAAUAUGGUGUAGCAGGCAGCAAAGAAGAUUGGAAAAAGGAAAUUGUAAAUGGUUCUCGAAGCUUCUUUGUCUUAAAGGGUUUAACACCAGGAACAGCAUAUAAAGUCCGGGUUGGUGCUGAGGGCCUGUCUGGUUUUAGGAGUUCAGAGGAUGUGUUUGAGACAGGUCCAGCAAUGGCGAGCCGGCAGGUGGACAUCGCUACUCAAGGAUGGUUCAUUGGUCUUAUGUGUGCUGUUGCUCUUCUGAUCUUGAUUUUACUGAUUGUUUGCUUCAUAAGGAGGAAUAAGGGUGGCAAAUAUCCAGUGAAGGAAAAGGAGGAUGCACAUGCUGAUCCAGAAAUACAACCUAUGAAAGAAGAUGAUGGAACAUUUGGUGAAUACAGGUCUCUUGAAAGUGAUGCAGAGGACCAUAAACCUCUAAAAAAAGGAAGCCGGACACCUUCAGACAGAACUGUGAAAAAAGAAGACAGUGAUGAUAGUUUAGUUGACUAUGGAGAAGGUGUAAAUGGUCAGUUCAAUGAGGAUGGCUCCUUUAUUGGACAAUAUAGUGGGAAAAAAGAGAAAGAACCUGCAGAAGGAAAUGAAAGCUCUGAGGCUCCUUCUCCUGUAAAUGCCAUGAAUUCAUUUGUGUAACCACAGAACUCGAUCCCCUUGUAUGUUCAGUUUGUUUAAAGCACUUGCACAUCUUCCUUCUCAUACUAUGAACACGCAGGUAAUGGAGCUCCUCACCACCAGGUGUUAAUGCUAUGAGAAUAUGCAGGUCGAUACACAGCGUAAUGACACGGGAAAUGGUAUGUUAGUAUGAAUCAAAAUACAAAAUUCAAAUUUUGUUCAAAACUUGGGUAUUUUUACUUUUUUUCAAAGGAACUGACACAAACAAUAAUAUCAACUUGUAAUUUUGUUUCUUGUUGAAAAUACAGUAUAAUGCAUGGGAAAAGAAAAGCUACACAAUUCACAGGUAAUCUUGUCUACACUAUAAAAACAUGGUUUGACAAUUUGUUACGCAGUCCUCUGCUGAAUCCCUGGAUAUGAAUUUCAUUCCCAUUGUCAAAGUGUUAUAGUAGUAUUAUAUAGAACUUCAAUGUCUUUGUGGACAUUGUUGUGAAAUUGGUGACUUAAUGUCUAGCUAUCAUGUCUUUUUGCAAGACAGUUAGGAACAAUAUGUACAGUAUAUAAUUGCUAAAUGAUUUAAGUAUGACACUUGCAUUUGCUGAUGCUUAAUGAGACCCUAUUAUCUGCUCUUUGCUCCUAUUACUUUAUAGCCUUUUUAAUCUAUCAAGUAUUACAGCAGUACAGUGUUCUAUUUUUACAUCAAAACACGUUGAAUUGAUUUUAGGGCAUAAAAGAUACGCAUUGCAAUGCAUUUUGGAAUUUGUACAGUCACUGAAGGUAAAACUUCGAAAAUGAGAGAAAAUAUUCCAGAAGACACAGGGCAGAGUACAUUCAGUGCCUUUUUACAACAUGCAUUCCGUAAUGCGCUGCACUAUUCAAUCAGUUGGUGCAGUAAACUGUGAUUAGCAGACUACUGUCAUUGCCAAAUAAAAGAAAAAUGUAAAAAAAAAUAACGUGUUAUGAAAUUGUUGUGCUAAAAAUGGAAAGUUUAAGAUAUUUUAAAUUACACAAAGAAGAACAUGUGUUUUUUUCCCCUUUAAAAUAAAAUAAAUGCUUUCUACACAGCUACAGCACAACGUUUUCAUGGCCUUAGAAUAUUUACAACAAAAACAAAAACAACCAAAAAAACCACCCCAGAACACAAACAGAGUUAAAUUAUUUACUAACACAGCAAGGUAUAAGCUCUUGUAAAAUAAAUUGUUAAAAACCCAAGCCAGCUGACUGCACCGGCGAGAGCACAUUUCCCUCUGUGUCCCAGCCUGAGCAGUGUAGCAGCUUUGCAAUUAUCUACACCCUGAAGCAGUGUGGGGGUUACCACUCGGAACCACGGGAUUCAAUCUGACAAGUGUGAAUAUGGUUUAUUUGUAAAGGAUUACCCUUAUUGGUUAAAAAAUUAUUUUAUCGCAUACUAUAUCAAUCAAAUGUGUUUACCUCCAAAUAUAAAUUUUUAUAACAACCUAUGGUUGAAGGAAUGCUCAGUUUCAUUUGCCAAUAAAUUGGUUUUUCAUAACUUGCAUCAAGUUUAAUUUUAAGUAAGCUUUUUAUAUGUAGAUAUUUUGUUGAAUUUGUAAAUACACUUAAAGCGUAGAUGCUAUAUGCUUCUAGGUGUUACAGACAAAUAAACCAAGAAAGCUUAUGUUGUACUGUGUAAGAAGUACUAUAGCCAAUGGUGUGCAUGGUAUUUUAAAGCAUCUACUUUUUUUUUUUUUUUGCUGUGAAAACAGAAUAGUGAACUGUUCUGCUCAUUUACUGCAGAUUCCUAAUUGAAACACUCAGAGCUUUUGCCAGUGCAUUACAUUAGCCCAUAAAACACCUCGCAGCUUUCAUGUAUAUAUUGUAGGUAAAGCACAACUGAAGUAGUCCCAAACGUAAGCCAGCUGUAAUAAGCUUCUUUCACACCUUUGAGUUUUCCAUUGAUCAGUUUUCUUAAUGGGAACCGAAAUAUGAAAUUAGUUAUAUGAACAUUAAUUACAAAGCACAAAGACAACAUUUCUUAACAGGAUUUGCCAACGUUUUUGGUAAAAGAGAAAUAUAAUUUUGCUCUUAUUUAAUUGUAGAUGCUGAAUUAUCUGUGCAUGUGGGGGUAAACAUACAGGCUCACUUCUGUAAUAGUGCAACAGAUUUUGUAUUAAAAAUAAAUGUGAUUUUAAAAUUUCACUGUUUGUUCUGUUUACACUAGCAGUAGAAAUCACAGCGGAUUCAUCCUGUAGUUAAGAAUUCAAAGUGGAAAAACAGCAUGAAACAAGUCUGUCAGAGGUCGUUCCCGUGACGUUACAGAACUUCCUUUAAUGCAACCAAAUUAUUUACAGAAAGUUGCAUACCUCUAUACAGUACCAUUUGAAAAAAUAUAAAUUUGUCUGACCAUUUCCUGUUGAAAUUUCCUGCUAUUUACAUUUUACUUCCAUAGGUAAUUUUGUUAUUUAUUUAGUCAUAUUUCUACAAAGAAAAAAAAUUAAACAGUCAUGUUCCAUACCUGCAAGAGUGAAUAAGAGAAAGUAAGAAUGCUGAUUUGAAAUUAAGAGCCCUCAGAUAGAAUCCGAAAAAAGGAUUUUGUGUCCUAAAGGAAUUGUCAGACGUACAAAUUUCUGGGCAUCUGUUUUUAAACAGUAUAUGAAGUGAGGAAUUUUUAAAUAUUUUAUUUUACAGUGCACAAAAUCCAUUGCAAUGCUCUUUUCAUAUCUUGUCUAUUCUGUGUGUGAAUGGAAACAGACUGGGCAGGAGGGCAGCUGUUCUGCAUAGAAGACUGCUGGAGAGCCAUGGAUUCCAAGAGAUACAGGUGCUUCAGGAGAUGAAUCCAAAAGUUGAUGAUGCUUGAAGGAGGAAUCUUAUCACUGAAUCAGAAGCCAUUCUGUCAGCCCUUCUAUAUGUAAUUGGAAACUCCUGGAUAUUCCAGCUCCUGUCAUCUGCACAGUCUCAGAUCUGACACUUCUGUCUUCAGAUACUGGGCUGCCUGGGUUUUUUGUACAGGUAUCUGUUGAUUUUUCCAGCAAUGUGCAUUGACUGGGAAAUAUGAAAUACAACUGUUUAUGUUUCAAUUAAAGAAUAAUUCCUGAAAAGAAGGGUCUGAGUUCCCUAGGCUUAGCUGGGAAAAAAAGAUUUCAUAUGGUAACAAUUUUUGGAGACACAAGUUAUUUGUGCAUGUUCCCCAAAGUGUACUACUACAUAUAGUUCCUACAUUUUCCUUUUAGUGAUACACAUUUGCUUUUGGUUUUAUUCUCACUGAAGUGAUUGUAUGAAUCCAGAGGGAAUUAAAGAGGAUAUCCCAAU